CUCAGUCUCGCGGCGUCAGCACUUCUGCGCCUCAUAUAAACCGCCGCCUCCUACCUCUCGCCCUCUUCUGUCCGCCAACAGAACCAAACAAUCACCACUACCUCCGCCAUAACAACACACAAUAUGACCUCCGCCGCUCAGCCCAUCUUCUCCCAGGGGGAGGACUGCAAGGCGUCGUGGCACGACGCGAGCGCCGGAUACAACGAGUCCGACACACACCUGGAGAUCAUGGGCAAGCCCGUGAUGGAGCGCUGGGAGACCCCGUACAUGCACUCCCUGUCGACCGUCGCUGCCUCAAAAGGCGGUCGGGUCCUGGAGAUCGGUUUCGGCAUGGCCAUCGCUGCCACUAAAGUUGAGUCUUUCCCCAUCGAGGAACACUGGAUCGUUGAGUGUAACGACGGUGUGUUCGCCAGACUGGAGAACUGGGCCAAAUCUCAGCCUCAUAAGGUUGUCCCUCUUAAGGGUCUUUGGGAAAACGUGGUCCCCACCCUGCCCGACAGCCACUUUGAUGGUAUCCUGUAUGACACAUACCCUCUGUCAGAGGAGACAUGGCACACUCAUCAAUUUGACUUCAUUCAGGGUCACGCUCACCGGCUGCUGAAACCCGGCGGCGUCCUGACCUACUGCAACCUGACGUCCUGGGGCGAGCUGCUCAAGACCAAAUACGACUCUAUUGAGAAGAUGUUUGAGGAGACCCAGGUGCCUCACCUGCUCCAAGCCGGGUUCAAGAAGGAGAAGAUUAGCACCACCACCAUGGACAUUGUUCCACCCAGUGAAUGCAAAUACUAUUCCUUCAAUAAGAUGAUCACUCCCACCGUUCUCAAAGAGUAAAGUCCAAAGAGACUGCAACAACCCUUUUUUUUUUUUUUUAAUCAAACGUGCCUUCUCACCUGACCUCACUGCAUUUCAAUGACUGUCAUCUUCCAAUAAACCCAAGAACCUCCAUA